AUGACAAAAGACUGGGAUCUCGUCCAAGAUGAAAUCAAGGAGCUUUCUUUCUCACAGAAGAAAACACUGGAGGAAGUGAAGGAGAUGAUGGAACGGAAAUACAGGUUUCGCGCUUCAACAAGAGCUUAUCGUAUGAAGUUGAAAGAGUGGGGGCUCAUGAGACACAAGCCGCGCAGUACCGUCCAGCGCAGACGUGGGGCGCGGCAGAGGAGCAAGAGUAGUCCAGCGGUCGACAAUGACGGAUGGGAGGAGCAACCAAGUGGAACAGAUGAGACUGCGACUACGAAUGAAUCAUCACCAGAGAAUCCCUUGGAGAAUAGGGGUUGGCAGAUUGAUGCUAAUCUGCCGAGUCUGGCUGCUGACGAAGUGGUUGAUAAUAUGGAGCCAAGGUUCAAGGAGCCUCAAGACUUUCAAGUAUCCGCCCAAACAUGGCCUGUAGAUUCCCCUCAGCCAUCAGCCGUCAUAUCGGACAUGGUUGAAGCAAUCCUCGACAACGACCCUGAGAGGCUGGAAAGGCUCAUCCGCAAGAAUGAAGACCACAUCAAUGAUCCCAUCGGCUCACUCUUGUGUGAUCCCACGAAUCGCCUCUUUGGACACCCCGCACUCAAUCGCAUGGUCAUUCUGCAGCACCCUGGACAGACCAUGUUAGAUGUCGCGUGCGGCAUGCCAUGCGGGCCCGUCGUUUGGGUCCUGCUUGCGUAUGGUGCAAAAGGCUCCAGACAUCCACUGGGCUCAGAUUUGGCCUUGCAUAACGCUAUCAAAAACGGACGUGUAUAUACUGUUCAAGUGUUACUCCUGCCAGGCCGCUCAGAUGUUAAUGGUCUUCCCGACUCCAAAUGGACACCACUUCGACAAGCUGUAUUCUGGAUGUACCCAGAAGUCGUCCGCGUCCUUUUGGGCCGAGGCGCAAACGUCGAGGAUCUGGAUCCUCCGCUUGUUCAGACAUGCGUAAAUUCUCCGCUACAGCUGUGUCUGGUGCGCAGGAUAAACAAUUACACCGAUCCAUUGUAUCGCGAAAACUGUCACAAAAUUCUGAAACAGCUGCUCGCUGCAGGAGCAAAUGUCCACAGGACUUCUCAAGAUCCUAUGAUUCAAUCAACGUUUGACGCGUUCCUACAACCGUGGAAAAGCCAUCCUUAUUGGGCUUUUGGAGUUUCUGAAGAAGAGCUCGAGUGCUUUGCAAUGUUUAUAAGCAAAGGUGUCAAUCUCCAGUUGUCCUUUCAGGGAGUUCCUUGCCGGUCGCCUGCCAAUGAGAGUUUUGUGCAUCAGGCGCUUUGGCAUUCGACGCCAAUAAUUGCAAGAUUGCUCAUCGAUAACUUUGCUCAAACGCCAAAUGAGAAUGGUUCGCUGCUUCUCCAUGAAGUCCUCGGUAGCUGCCCGGAUGCAAAGCGACACGGCACCGACACACUGCGUGAUAUUCAAGUGUUGCUCGGAAAAGGCAUAAGCCCAAAUCGUACAGAAGGCAGCCCAAUAAGUCCAUUACGCAAGUGUAUUACAGAAUGCCCUGCUGUCGAUCUCGUUGCAUGUCUUCAGAUUCUUCUUGACGGAGGCGCAGAUCCAGAAGCCGAAGACCCUGACGGCGUGCAGCCGUAUGUUCUCGCGGCUGAAACUUUCGACGAGCCACUACUAUCCGAAGUAAUGUCCGCUCUGGUUGCAAAGAUUCCCGGGACACAUGUUCGGACUCCUGAUGGCACCCCAUAUCAAGGCCCUAGCGGCCUUUUCCCCAUCUCGACAACACAGACAUACGAGCAAGUUAUGUCAUGUACACGACCGACAGGCGAUCUUACGCUUUACAUGCACACCAUGGUACCCGAACAUAUUCAGCCAAUUUUGCGCAAAGCAUACUUCUCUGUAGCCAGUCGGUACUUUCUCGAAGCGGCGGUUCGACACUCCAACACCCGAUUGUUGGAUCCUAAAGAGAAAGAUGAAUCUAUGCAGAUCGUCCUGAUGCGUGCAACCUUGGGUAUUCCGGGAGUCAAAUUUAACACACACCCUAUCGGCGCAUUGCUGAGCACGGUGCCUUAUUCACCAGAUACAAUACCAGUGCCGACCGCACCGGAGCCGACAACGCGCGGUAGUUCUGUCGUCGCUGUUGAUAGAAGAUCACUUGCUUCGAGUAGUACGAUCGAUUCCACCCCUUCAACACACGCACCGUUUCAGUUCAAUCCCACGGGUGACAAUUCAACAUUGGCUGAUUCCCAGCUCUCACCUGACCCGGCUGCUCCGGCUUCCCCGCCAGAGUCGAGCGAAGACUUCUUCAUCCCAUCUACAACACAGCUGCGGUGGCCUAACCCCUGCGCGAAACCACAACCAGGCGAUGCAAAAAAAGCGCUCGAAGCUGUUCUGAGUAAGCCAAGAGGCACGAAGUCGAGCACGCACAUUGUGCAGAUUGCAUCGAUGAAGAUUGCACAAGACGCUUCUGUGCUGCGGGAAGAACAGCUAGCAACACAUGACAGCUAG